AAAAAGCAAAUGCCACGUUCACAAGAUGAAAAAAACACUGAAAUGUUAAGAAAAAUGUCACAACUUCCUGGAAAUAAAAGAUGCAUGGAUUGCCAAGCAAUUGGUCCUGUUUAUGUAGUCAUUGAUUUUGGUACUUUUGUAUGUCAAACAUGUAGCGGUAUUCAUAGAGAGUUUGGUCAUAGAGUCAAAUCCAUUUCUAUGGCAACUUUUAAGCCAGAAGAAAUAGCUAAAGUUAAAACAAUCGGCAAUGAAAAUGCUAGAAGAAUUUGGCUUGGUCGAUGGACAACAGCUGAUUACCCAUUACCUGAAAGUGGAAAUGAAAGAAGAAUUAGAGAGUUUAUGAAAUUAAAGUACCAAGACAAAAAAUGGUUUGACCAAGCUGCCUACAACCAAAUUAUGAAUGGACAAACACCUCCCCCUGUCACUCAUCAUCCUGUUGUUCAAGACAAUAUACCUAAUAACACUCAACCAAUUCAACAACAACCACAACAAACCCACAAUACUCACAACGCAGGCUUUUGGAAAGAUGACGAUAAUGUUGGACCAAUUAAAUCAUCCCAACAGCAACACAGCCAAAGCACCUUAAAUAUUCAAAAUGAACAACCUAAAAAGAAAGUUGAUUUCAUGGCUCUAUUUGACCAAGCUAUGCAACAACCUGCUCCUUCUCAACAACCUCAAGUUCAACAACAAGCACCAAUGGACCUAUUUGCUCAACAACCAAAUCCUUCUCAACAAUAUCCUGCUUUUAAUAUGCAACAGCAAUACCCUAUGUUUACUCAACAACCAACACAACCUAUGAAUUACCAACAACCAAUGAUGCAACAACAAUACUCUAUGUUUAUUCAACAACCAACACAACCCAUGGGUUAUCAACAACCAGCUGCUUCUACUCUUAUGCAACAACCAGCAACUACUACUCCUGUUCAACAACCAAAACCACAACCGAAGCCAGACGUUUUUGCUUCACUUGGAUCUUAUCAUCCAAAAGCGAAAACAACACAACCUGAGCCUCAAGCAGCCCCUGCACCAUCUGGAAGUGAUGUCUUUGAUUUUAUCUAA